AUGUCAUAUUUAGAUAGUGGCUCUCCCAGCUCCUCUGUAUCGAGCUACAAAACUGUUAUCCUCAUCCAUGGUAAUUCUUUCAGCAACGCUAUAUUCAAACGUCUCUCACCUCUGAACACACAAUACAACAUGGCGCCAGGCCGACGAGGUUUCUCUGGCUCAACCCCGUUCACUCAGGAUGAGAAAUCAUUCUCACCGAAGACGAUGGCCCUCAAGCUUCUGCUACCGACGAGGCCAAGACAAAAUCCUAGAGCUCCGAGGCGUGGAGAUUUUACAGUUCAUCGACGCUUUAUUCAAUGUUCUAGAAUUCCUCCGGUUCAAGACAACAGUCAGAAGGUGGAUGGUGAUGAGAAGACCCGGAAAGGUGGACUAGCUAUCGUUGGCUGGUCUUUUGGGGUCACUUCUUCCCUUUCGGCAAUCGCGAACGUAGACUCCUCGUUGGUCUCUAACGGGAUGCGAGAUCGGAUUGGACACUAUCUACGUGCCCAUAUUAUGUUAGAGCCUGCGCUCACGGGUUUUGGUCUUUCCAUUCCCCCAGAAACGUGGCUUGCGUUCCGCGAUCCCAACAUCCCUUACUCAGCUCGCGCACCGCUCUUCAGCCAUCUUAUCACAGGCUAUCACGACUACAGACAAGAACUUUGGCUUUCCUGA